CUUCCGAGCGGGCAGUCGAGGACAUUCAUCCAACAAACACAACGACCUCAUGAAUGGAUGAAUAAAAAGAUACCACCAGUGCUAAUAACACCCUCCACAUACAACAACUCAACGACCUCUUGACCAUUCUCCUAGCAUGCAUUAAACACACAAUGCUGCUGCAUCAAUAUGGCAACUGUCCGGAUCUGCGUAUGCGGCGAUGAGGGCGUCGGCAAAAGCUCCCUCAUAACCUCCCUCGUCAAAGAUGUCUUCGUGACCGGCAAAAUCCAAUCUGUCCUCCCACAAGUAACACUCCCUCCAACCCUCGGAACCCCCGAUAAUGUUACAACAAUCGUCGUCGAUACCUCCGCGCUGCCUCACGAACGCCAGAACUUGCGGAAGGAACUACGGAAGUCGAACGUUAUCCUACUGGUUUAUUCGGACCACUACAGCUAUGAACGUGUCGCACUGUUCUGGAUGCCCUACUUUCGCUCUUUGGGAGUGAACAUACCCGUGGUGCUAUGCGCAAAUAAGGCUGAUGUUCAGUCGAAGGGAACGGCCUCUAAUGUUGUCGCGGAAGAGAUGCUGCCUGUUAUGAACGAGUUCAAAGAGAUUGAUUCAUGCAUUCGAACCAGCGCCAAGGAACACCACAACAUCAACGAGGUCUUCUUCCUCUGCCAAAAGGCCGUCACCCACCCUAUUGCGCCACUUUACGAUUCGAAGGAAGCUGCUUUGAAGCCGGCCGCCGUCUCCGCCCUUCAGCGCGUUUUCAAUCUCUGCGACCAGGAUAAAGACGGUUAUUGGAAUGACCAGGAAAUCCAUGAUUUCCAGAUCAAGUGCUUCGAGAAGCCUUUGGCUGAAGAUGACUUACCCAACAUCAAACGUUCUAUCCAGAGAUUUGUGCCCGAUGCCGCCGACGAUCGGGGCAUGGAUGAGAGGGGUUUCCUACUACUAAACAAGAUAUUCGCGGAGAAGGGCCGCCACGAGACGAUAUGGAUCAUAUUGCGAAAAUUCCAGUACACCGACAGUCUGAGUCUGAACGAGACGUUCCUGCACCCAAAGUUCGAUGUUCCGCAGCAUUCCUCGGCUGAGUUGAGUCCUGCCGGGUACCGUUUCUUUGUCGACUUAUUUGUCAAGUUUGACAGAGACAACGAUGGUGGGUUGAAUGACAGGGAGCUCCUGGCUCUUUUUGCACCUACUCCGGGUAUACCUCCGUCAUGGAUAGAUUCUGCCUUCCCGUCUUGUACCGUCCGUAACGAGGCUGGGCACAUCACUCUGCAAGGUUGGCUAGCCCAAUGGAGCAUGACAACAUUUGAGGAGCCCAAGACGACACUCGAAUAUCUGGCAUAUCUCGGAUUCGAAAGUACAGAGAAGGGAGGGACGACAGCGGCACUGAAAGUCACCAAGGCCAGAAAGCGUAGGAAGAAGCCUGGCAGGGUAGAACGGAAUGUCUUCUUGUGUUACGUUUUGGGCUCGAGUGGCAGCGGAAAGAGCGCACUGCUGUCAGCAUUUCUGCAACGACCCUUCAGCCAUACCUAUCACCCGACCAUCAAACCGCGAUCGGCAGUCAACAGCGUUGAGCUGCGUGGAGGAAAGCAAUGCUACUUGAUCUUAGAGGAGUUGGGAGAGUUGGAACCUGCGAUAUUGGAGAACCGGGCAAAGUUGGAUGCGUGCGAUUUGUUGUGCUACACGUACGACUCGAGCGAGCCGGAUAGCUUUGCACACAUCGUCGAGCUGCGGAAGAAGCACCCGCAUCUCGACGACCUGCCAGCCGUUUACACGGCACUCAAGGCGGACCAGGACAAGACGAUGCAAAGGUGCGAGCAGCAGCCGGAUGAAUACACGAGUGCUUUGAAUAUGGCUGCUCCGUUGCAUGUCAGUGCAAGGUGGAGCAGCAUCCAGGAGUUGUUUGUUCAUCUUGCGGAAUGCGCAACGUACCCAUCGACGGCAUUCCCAAAACACGACGAAGAGCCCGAAGACAACUCCAACCUCUACCUAGCUCUGGGAGCGAUAGCGUGCGCAGCUGCAUCUGUGGUUUUCAUCUGGAAGCGCAAUGCUUCGGUCUGAUGGGUGUAAGGUGCAAUAGCAUCAGUAGCUGAAGGAGUAGCCAAUGCACCAAAAGUCCAGUCUGGUCGGCGCAUUACUACGAGGCAGUGUCCACGUAUACAGCCACCCUGAAGUAGAUUUACCAUUCUAUAGAGUAGUCCACUGUAGUUGACGCGCUCACCCAACUCAACACAUUCUAAAUGGCAUGACAUAACAUGACAUAACGACAUCUGUUCAGAACUUUAUGAAAAAAGUAGUCCGACAUGAAAUGAUAUCCACACUUACCCUCCC